GGCGCCGUUCCUUGUUCGCCAUACUUGCACAGAGAAGAGCGACAGAAGCACUUAUUCUACAAGCGCCUGGGGAAAAAACAGCAGGAAAACGACAUGGCUGAGGACGAUUUGACUCCGGAGCAGCUAGCAGCCAUCGCUGCGGAAAACGACGUGGGCGAGACGGUCAACUACAAGCCCCCGGCCCAGAAGACCCUGCAGGAGAUCCAGGAGCUGGACCAGGAUGACGAGAGCCUCCGGAAGUACAAGGAGGUUCUGCUAGGAGCCGGCGCUGCUGCUGUCGCUGAUCCCAGUGUUCCCAACGUCCAGGUGACACGGUUGACACUGAUGUGUGAGACUGCCCCGAACCCACUGACCCUGGACCUGCAAGGAGAUCUGGAGGCCUUUAAGAAGCAGUCCUUUAUCCUGAAGGAGGGAGUGGAGUACAGAAUAAAGAUCAGCUUCAAAGUGAACAAGGAGAUUGUUUCGGGACUCAAGUAUGUCCAGCAGACCCACAGGAAAGGAGUGAGAAUUGACAAGUCAGACUACAUGGUGGGGAGCUAUGGGCCGAGGCCGAACGAGUACGACUUCCUGACCCCGCUGGAGGAGGCUCCUAAAGGCAUGCUGGCCCGCGGCACCUACAACAUCAAGUCCAAGUUCACCGACGACGAUAAGCACGACCACCUUUCCUGGGAGUGGAACCUCAACAUCAAGAAAGACUGGAAAGACUAAGAAAGAGGCCUUCAAAACCAAACCCCACAACCAUGUCCCCAUUUCUCCAUGAGUUUAUGUUCUUCUACUUCAUUCCAUCCUCAUGUCUUCAAUCUUCAUUCCGACCCUUCCUCUUCAUUCCGACCUUUCCAUCCCUCUCUCGUCUCCCACGUUUCUCCCCAUUUAUCCGUCUGCAUUAGUAGCAGCAGCAGAAGCAACGGCCCCCUCUGUCCGUCCAUCCCCCCUCUGCUUUCAUUGGUUGCACAAAGUCCACCAUAAUUGAUUCACUGUCCUCAACCUGCCAUCCAUGCAACCUUAAAGGCCCAGUGCAGUCAAUAAUGAGAUUUUGCCGUGUUUUGUAUGUACAUAUGUAUCCACGCUGUGAGUUUGGAGUAAUAUUGUUAGAAUUAUGAUAAUGCCCUUUCAGUGUUGGAGCUGUUUGAAAAGACUGCCUUGGUGGGAUGGAGUUUUGGCCCCCUGGUGACUUCACCAGUCAGUGAAUUUGUUAGUAGACCAAUAAAAAUUGUUCCGGGCCUCUCUGCCAAUAACAGCUAGUUUUCCCUUCCCCACUGAGGCCACUCCCAGACAGUCCUAGCCAAAUUCUUGCUUGAGAAAUUGCUCUCUGCUAAGA